ACAAAGGCAAGAACAAGGAAGAGGCGAAAAAGAACCAAAGAGGACAACAACAGACCUCAGGACGGAAAACGUGUUUGUGUUCAGCAAGACUGGUACAAAGUUGCAGGAAGCUUGCGGGUUUCAAUCUGAACUCUGUCUGUGUCAGAGCUUCCCCCUUUUUGCUGCAGUUUUUUCUCACGGGUCAAAGACGCAUCUGUGAAAUUAGCAGCCUCACAACCACCAGAGGACUCCGAAACCAGCAAUUGCUGUCAGCAGCCGGGCGAGAUCAUGCCUCUGGACGCGGGAGACGCCGGCUACGGAAGCGUGCCAGGCCCCGUGCUGGCGGGCGGUGUUGGCGGAACGGAGACGACGCCACUCCUCAUCCCGGUGCCGGGCCCGGACAGACCGCAGCGGUGGAAGCCCAUGACCAAGGAGGAGCUGGAGGCGGCCGCGGGUGGCCCAGGCUGGAGGAGAGUGCGCUGCUACUUGGUGGUGCUGUUCUGGUUUGCCUGGGUGGCCAUGCUUGCCAUCUCCAUCGCCAUCAUAGUAAUCAGCCCCCGGCCUGUCGCGACACCGCUCAAGUGGUGGCAGAAGACUGUGUUCUACCAGCUGGAGCCAGACCUGUUGACUGAGGCGAAUGACGAGGGAUCAGAGGACAUCAACGCGGUGUGUGAGCAGCUUCCCUACCUCAGGUCUUUGGGUAUCGGGGCUAUAAUCCUGGAGGGCGUGUUCGAUAAGAAGGCCUCUAAUUUGAACUUCACUGGUAAAAACCUGGGGACGCUGGCUCAGAUUAAACAUCUGCUCACAGAGAGCAGCAAAGCAGAUCUGAAAGUACUGUUGGACUUCUGUGACCUGAAUCUGUUGGGACAUCCAACUGUGUCAGGCAACACAGACGAGCCAUCAAACGCCUCCGCCGUAGUUCAGUAUGCUGUCCGGUUCUGGUUGGAGCAAGGUGUAGCAGGAUUUGCUAUCUGUGACACCGAUGUGGCAUAUUCAGAAAAGACUCUGUUGGAGUGGAGAGGCGUCUUCAAGGAAUUCGGCAGUGAGGACGAUGAAAGCAGGAUUGUGGUGGUAAAACAGACAGCGGACGCUCUGCGUCCCCUGAUCCACUCCAGCCAGGUCAACGUGUCUCUGGUGGAUGUGAUCAUGAGGCCGAUUUUGCCGUAUUCACAUCACGUGCUGUCUGCCCAGGAAGUGGCCGAUGCCAUAGAAACACACCUGCAGGCGCCAGAAGAAGAUAUAUGGCCCAGCUGGACAGUCGGCGGUAAAGCAUCUCGUGACUUGAAGAGCUUACUCCUGGUGUUGAUGAUGACUCUGCCAGGAACGCCUACAGUCCAGUAUGAUGAAGAUAUCGACCAAACACAGAACGCAUCUCUGAAAGUGGGCCCGUUACAAAGCAUGACAGGCGAGGCAGCAGACACCCGUGGAGACGAGGAGAAGAGGAAACGCUUGGCUGCGUCUCUCUUUACGACCCUCAGCCACUCCAGAGCCAGAGAGGAAGCUCUGCUGUGCGGCACUUUCACCUUCCUCCCCUUCAACUCUUCCUCCAAUAUGUCUUCGUCCAACUCUACUCAUUCCUCUCCCCCUAUCCUGGCCUUCCUUCGCUCCUGGGGUUGCGUCCACUUCCUAAUACUGCUCAACGUUGGGCCGGAGUGUCACGCCCUGGAUCCAGCCUGGGCGCCGAGCCUGCCUGAAGCUGGGGUGUUUGUGGCGAGCACAGGAAUGGACCGCUUGGGCUCGACUUCUCUGUACAAGCUCAUACUGCAGCCCCACGAAGCCAUCAUGAUCAAAGUUUUUGAAGCAGGUAGCUACAGGUAGUUAGAGUUACUAUGAUGUAGAGAAAGUAUCUGAUAUGAUUGUUUUUUUUUAAAGAGAGCUGCUUAGAGAACAGUGUAAUAAAAUAAUGAUUGUGUGCAAUGUC